AGAAAUAUAAAAAAUGUAUAUAUAUGUGUACUUAUUUUUUAUUCAAAAAAACAGUUUUUAAAUUAUAUAAAUAAAUAUAUAAAUAUAGACAACGAAGUAAAAAAUUCCUUUGAAAAUAUCUGUGAUAAAAUAUAUGUUAAUACUUCAUUGGAGUGUUUAAAACUUCUAGAGAACUUUUUUAUAACAUUUACUUACACACCUGCUCAAAUAACAUUAUACUGUUUUAUAAAUAAUAUUAAAAUAAAUUUUAAUAUUGUAAAUACCGAUAAAUUUAUCUUGGAAUUUAUUACAAAUAAUAAUCAAAUCCUUUUUCAAAAAUUGAAAAAUAAAAUAGAUGAACUUCACAUUAAAUAUAAAGAUCACUUUGAUUUGAGAAAUACAUUUGAUGAUGAAAAUACUACGAAACAGAUAGGAGAGACUUUGGAUAUGUGUAUUGAUAUUUACGAUAUUUUAAAAAAAAAAAAAAGUCAUAAAAAGUCUAAGAAAAAUAAAUUAAACAAUCAAAAUGAUGAACAAAAUGAAUCUAAAAAAAUAGCAAGCAUAAAAUAA